CUAUGGUCAUAGCUAUGCUAGGCACCAUAGAUAAUACAUUUAGGGCACUUACAAGUUGAAAACAAAACAAGUGAAAGUUCGAUGUUUGAUAUCAAAGUCCAAGGGCGCAAAAGUUCAACGCAUUAUUUCGUAAAAUUAAAAAAAAUAUACAAAAAGGCGUGUCACUUAUUACUACAUUAAGCACCGUUAAGAUUUAUAUUAAAAAUUUGUGAACUUAAGAAUCUGUUAAUAAAUAGCGGCGGCAGAACUAACAGUGUUAAACCAUUGUUUACUAAAGUUUUUAUUCUAUCUCAGUCGUGUAACGGAGACGUAAGAUCAAAAUGUCGAAUACAUUGAGACGUACUGCACAACAAUUGUUGAAGACACACAAGUAUGCAACUGCAACAUCAAGUAUAAGGCAAAAAACAGUAGAAAAAAACAUUCUGACAUCUGUCUACAAGGAUAUUCCUGUGACAAAUAUGACUAUCAAUGAUUUUGUUUGGCAAAAUUUGGAUAGAUGGCCCGACAAGACUGCUACAGUAUGCGCGCUGACCGGUCACGGGUACACUUACGCCCAAACGCACAGGAUGUCGGUAACAUUCGCAGCGUCCUUACGAUCGAAACUGAAACUGAAGAAUGACGACAAAGUGGCGGUUAUCUUGCCGAAUUUACCAGAAUAUCCCUGUACAUUGCUGGGCAUAUUGCAGGCUGGCUGUGUUGCCAGCAUGAUGAACCCAGUUUACACGUCUCAUGAAUUAAAACGACAAUUGGAGUUGAUCGAUUGUAAAGCUAUCGUCAGUUCCAAAAUAUCGUACGCGAACAUAAAACAGGCACUGGACGAGUUGAAAGUCAACGUGCCUAUAAUACUAGUCGACAACGAGGGUCUGCCCGAGGGCGCGAUAAAAUUCGCCGAACUAGCCGAAGACUUCAACGUCGACAUUGACUGUUUGAAGUCCGUUCAGAGGGGUCCCAAAGACGUCGCGAUCCUGCCGUUCUCCAGUGGAACCACGGGCUUCCCCAAGGCCGUGGUUCUCGAUCACGGAGGCGUUGUCGCCUUGAACCAAAUGAUAAUAGACCCGGAGAUUGUUGUGAUAGAAGAGACCACCGCAACACACCAGUCAGUGUUGCCAGCGAUCUUGCCGUUUUUCCACAUAUUCGGUUUCAAUUCCCUAAUGAUGAACCAAAUGGCGCAGGGCGUGAAAUUAGUCACGAUGCCGUAUUUCAAACCGGAUCUUUUCCUGCAGACCAUCGUGAAGUACAAGGCGGAAGUGCUCUUCAUUGUUCCGCCGAUGGUGGUAUUCCUGGGUAAGCAUCCGGCGGUUAAACCUGAACAUCUGGCCGCCGUCAAGGGCAUGAUCAGCGGAGCCGCUCCGCUCUCGGCCGCGGAUGCUGCGGCUGUAUUGGAAAAGAACAAAAACAUAAUAUUCCGGCAAGGUUACGGCCUGACCGAGACCAAUGGAGCCGUCACUGUCGGUAGGAAUGAUGACACGAACCACGCGGCCGUUGGACACGUGCUAGGCAGCUGCGAGGUCAAGGUAGCUGACGUCAACACGCAGGAAGCAUUGGGCGCGGGGCAGGAAGGCGAGAUCUGGUGUCGCGGCCCAAACCUGAUGUCCGGUUAUUAUCUAGACGAAAAGUCCACCAGGGAGGUCAUGACGGAGGAUGGCUGGUACAAAACCGGAGACAUUGGGAAGUACGACGAGAACAAAUAUCUGUACGUCACGGAUAGACUGAAGGAACUCAUCAAGGUCAAAGGUUUCCAAGUACCGCCUGCUGAAUUGGAGACCGUCAUCAGAACGCACUCCAAGGUUCUAGACUGCGCGGUCCUGGGCAUACCGGACCCCGUAACAGGGGAAGUACCGAAGGCCUUUAUAGUCCCUCAACAGGGUCAGACCCUCGACGCUGAUGAGUUGUUAGAGUACGUCAACAGUAAAGUGGCCGUCUUCAAGAAGAUCAAGGAAGUCCAGUUCGUGGAAGAAAUACCCAAGAAUUCGGCAGGUAAGAUCCUAAGGAAGCAGCUGAAAGAAAAAUAUUGUUAGGAUCUUGCUGGGUUCCCGCGUGCUCAACAAAAACUCCCUUAUGACUGUCUGCCUUGUCUUCCUUUGUAUUAUAAUAAGCUUUAGGUCUUUAAAUAGAGAAAAAGAAGUUCACAAAGUUUUCAGUUUCCAUAGCUGAAGACAUAUUAUUAUCGUCUUCUCGCAUUAAAACUGUAUAAUCUCAAAACUUACUAAUUUUACAGGAGAGUGUUUUAAAGGUUUAACAUGUGAUAUUUUUAAUAUUAAUCAUCUUUGCAAUACUUUUUUUUUUUACAAGUUACCUUAUUUAUCUGUCUUUUAAAGUAAGAUAAAAUUAUGUAUUAAAUUUGUUAAUAGUAGUAAAAGAUAGGUAAACUAAAAAAAAAACUAAAACUAAACUAUGCUCUUUUGACAGUAUUUAUGAAAAAAAUACUGGCGAUACCAAAUGAUUCUGCAUAUUAACUCAAUUUCGAAUAUUUUUGGAAAUUGUACACUUUUAAUGCGAAAGGACGAUAUGUGAAACUCUAUGACAUAAUAUUAUUAAUAAGAUGUUAAUAAUAAUCAUUUUAUAUACAUAAUUAUAGUUUUUAAAAGUUAUCAUAAGAUUAAUAAUUGUGUUUCAGAGUUAUAUGUAUAAAUUGGUUAAUUUUUUUACGCCAUUAUGAUUACUAUGGUCUUAAGUCAAUGUUAAGUAUUUGGUAUUAAAUAUAUUUUUAUAUGAUUUUUUUGUCGGCUGAAUAUUGUGUUAAAUUGCGUAUGUAAUACUCAAUGUAACAUAUUUUUAUAUUGAUAUUUUUUUACAAACACACAUAUCGAGGGGAGCCUUACACCCCUAGAUAGGGUAAGGACUUUGUAAUCAACAAAAAAAAAAUUACAAAUUUGCAGAUUAUAUUGAAAUGUUUUUCCAUGAUAUUAAACUGAUAUUUUACAUUUGAUUUAUUCUAACUAUUACUAGCGUUCAUCCACUGGUUGGAAUUCGGUCAAAAUCACUGAAACCACUAUAUGCAUAUUUAGAUUCGUUUUAUUAAUGAAUAAUAUUUCUUUUGCCUUUUUUUUUAUUUUAUGAAAACUGCCACUCAUCAAUAGAUGUUAAACGAACAAAAAAGAAAGAAAUCUGUUGAAAAAAAGCGCAAUCUUUUCUUUUGAAUUAAAUAAAACUAUUUUGUUCAAUUUUUUUUUUAUUAUUGGUAACACCAAAGCUAGUGCAAAGACAUGAAACAAAAGAAAUGUUUUGACUUGUUUUUAUAAUAUCGAAUUAUUAUAGUCAAUGAAUGCGGGAAGCUAUUCGGUCACAGGGUGUAUUGAAAAUAUUUUGCGUAAUCGAAGGCCGAUUGAUGGUAAUUUUAGUGAGUCCUGACACGAUAAAAUAAAAAAAUAAAAAACUCGAUGGAAAAAUUGUUUUUUUAAGUAAUAGAAAAAGCUCGUGUUUAAUCAACAUGUCGUGGGGUGAAAGCCUAGUUAGUUUAAGCGACAUCUUUGCACCUUUACUACAUGAGAGCCAUUUAAAGGUUAAAUUUUGGAAAAGAUAACGUAACCACAAAAACUUGCUCAGCUCUUUGAAUGGGGUAAACUUAAUUGAAGUUAAAUUAAAAACAUCGAAUUAUUAUGAUACCCUCUGGUUCCUAGCUUUGCUUCCAUCAUCAUUUUUCCCGAAUAGCAUCAGCACUUAUGAUCCUUUAUUAGAGAACAAUCCCCUCCCUAUCCAGUCAGUCCUAUUCCUAAUUCCACACAGCACGGUUGCUGUCAUUGUCGUCGUAAAUCUUUAUAUGUCUAUUUCAUUAUUAAAAUCUUUUUAAAAAAGAUCUCUUCCUUUUAGAAGAAAGAGGAAUCCGUAUAACAGAGUUCUUGACACUUAUAGUGUAGUAUAUAUAAGUCAUGUAAUUUGUAAUAAGAAAAUUAGUAUUAAACCAACAUGAAGGGAGUCUCUUGUUCGAAUGAAAACAACUCUCUUGUCCGAGUGUGGCGGGUAGCCAUCAUACAACGCAAGAUAAGACAGAUGCCUGAAUCUCGCUUACGACAUUUUCAAGAUAAGCUUGCAUAUAUACAAGUUCCGAACAACAACAUUCGGGCCGUCGGUCUACCGAGCAAACAUCACCCGCUCGGUGGAAGUUCUUCCCUUUCGUCGUUUAAGCCUCCUACACGAGUGUCGGUUUAAUACUCCUCUAUUAUUACAAAAUAUAUGACUUAUAUGUACUAUACUACUACCACACAUACUACACAUACUAAUACCAAAAUUAUCUUACCUCAUUACCAAAUUAUCUUUCACCCCUCGAUAUAUAAAUUCCGAUUAUCCGAAUAUCGAUAUAUAGCUUACCAGAGAGAUCAGACAACAGUACUGGAUUUAACGGUUGUACAGAACUAAAUAAAUGCAUAGGAUUGACAUAGAGUCGCGUGGUAUGGCUCAUGUCAAUCCCAUUUAGUGUUGCCCGCAUAAAAAUCUUAAAAACUUGAAAAUCGGAGCUGCCAGUAUGAAAAAAUCACUCGCUGCUGUCUGUGUAUAUGUGUAAUAAACCAUGUGCCUUGUUACUUAAAUCAUUUGCAAUAUUAUAACUAGUCUGAUAAAAUUAUAAGAAAAUCGGUUUAUUAACAGGUUUUAUGAAUGAAACUGAUUGCAUUAUAUAACUGUUGGGACCAAUAUUGUUAAGUUUUUUUUUUAAGUUUUAUAAAUAUUAAAAGAAUACAUAACAA